AUGUCCUUCACCACAGAGCCGUGCCUAACACUAUCUGCCACGCCCUUCACCACGGGGCCACGCCCUGCCCAGCCCAGCUGCAGACCCUGGCCUGCCUCCUCUCUGUCGGGCCUCCUGGCACCCCUCACCCUGUACCUGUCCCGAUUGCAGUUCAACAGCAUGAUCCUUUACUGUGUGCCCAAACUGCGGCUCAUGGGCCAGAAGUUCAGUGUCCGGGAGAAAAUGGACAUUUCGGGCCUCCAGGUGCAGGAUAUCGUCAAGCCAAAUGCAGCCCACACGUUCAUCAUAACGGGAAGGAGACGGUCCCUGGAGCUGCAGACUCGGACGGAAGAGGAGAAAAAAGAAUGGAUUCAGGUCAUCGAGGCCACCAUCGAGAGGCACAGGCAGAACAGCCAGACCUUCAAGGCCUUCAGUGGCUCCUUCAGCCAGGACGAGGACCCCUCCCUCGCUCCAGAUUCCCCU